AACAUAGGAGCUGCGCAGACGGAUCUCGGCUAGCGGCAGCAGUUGUUCUGUAGUGAUAGGAGAUUUCUUUAUAAAACAUGGAGACAUUAUACAGUAUGCCGUUUGCAGUGCUGGAAUGCCCAAAUGUAAAACUGAAGAAACCGUCGUGGCUGCAUAUGCCGUCGGCCAUGACUGUGUACGCGGUCGUUAUCGUGUCCUACUUUCUUAUCACAGGAGGUAUCAUCUACGAUGUGAUUGUAGAGCCACCCAGUGUAGGUUCAAUGACUGAUGAGCAUGGACACCAGCGGCCAGUGGCCUUUUUGGCAUACAGAGUAAAUGGGCAGUACAUUAUGGAAGGACUGGCUUCCAGUUUCCUCUUCACAAUGGGAGGCCUGGGCUUUAUAAUCCUGGACCGCUCCAAUGCACCAAACAUUCCCAAACUCAACCGCUUCCUGUUGCUCUUCAUCGGUUUUGUCAGCGUUCUCCUCAGCUUUUUCAUGGCCAGAGUGUUCAUGCGUAUGAAGCUGCCAGGAUACCUCAUGGGCUAAAUACAGAAAGAUCACACUUAAAUGGCUUGGAUGGAGAGGACAUCAAAUGCAUGGGGGCCCAACUCAAAUCGGAUGGAUAAACGCAACCUUUUACAUAACAAACAACCAUCAAGGACUGAACGCACAGACCUUGCUCAAAAAAUUAGGCCGACAGUCUUGCGCUGGCUCUGUCUCAUUGGUGUUCAGUGACUUCCUUUCGUCUCAAAGUUUCCAUAUAAACUGAUGCAGCACAUCAGUUACAGGCACAUGAUUAUGACACUUUUUUUCAUGUUUUCUUGAUACAACUACAAUAUCCAGGAACCCCUCAAUACAGUGCAGCUGUUGAAAAAACUGAAAUUUAAUUUCAGUUUUUACUAAAAGAAGCUAUAAGUGCCAUGAAGCAGGUAGAAAUUGUCCAAGCCCCUGGAGGAAAAAAAAAAGUGAAGAGUUACUCAACACUGUUGGUAUGGAGCCACUGGUUUGGAAUCAGGAUAAGGACUGCGUGAAUCUGUUAGAGGGGAGUCUGGAUAAUGUUGAAGUUGUACGUUUUUGUAAAACAAAAUCAUUGACAAAGCUUUGAACUUGUCGCAGUUGCAUUUUUUGUACAAGGAUGUGAAAUAAAUCUUCUUUUCAGAG